CUUGACAUCAGUGGCUUAUAAAAAUAGUAUGCAAAUGUCAACAUCCAUCGUGUUUAUGUUUAUUGAAAACAAUUGCUGGUUGUUUGAAACCGUUGACUGAAACUGAAAGAAAUAUCAAAUCAGACAUGAGGGAAUUUUUCAUAAACCGUUGCCGAACGUGCACCGUUCUGCAGGAAUGUUCCAAUAGAAUGAUAUCGUUAUUCGAGAAGAAUUUAUCGGAAAUGUUUACAGACUGCACUUCGUUGGAGAUUGACUCGAACGAAAGUCUACCAAGUUUCAUUUGCUUCGAAUGCUUCGGGCAUUUGUCCAAUUUCAACAAAUUUCGACAAAAGUGUAUCACUUCGGAUGCCUACUUUCGAGAACAGAUCAUAACUGCGCCAAUAAAAGAGGAACCACCAAUCGAUGUUAACAUGGAACUUGAAGAGAAUCCAGCCGAAGCUGAAGAUAUCGAAUCUGAAUUCUUUAAAAUUGAAUAUAUUGACGCGAAGUUCGAACAGUACCAUUACGUCUCAACCGCUCAGAAUGAUGUAACAUCUCCAGUAGAUACUCAUUCCAAUUCAAUGAGCAGUGAAAAAUACAUAUGCCACUACUGUGACCGGGUGUUCAAUAAAAAGACUUCUAUCGGUGCACAUAUGGCCAGGCAUAGAAAUGGUCCAGAGAAAAACAAAUUCCCAUGCACAAUAGAAGGGUGCAGCAGAGUUUAUAAAACAAGAGAACUGUACAAUAGACACAGAUGGAAUUCGCACAAACUGAGAGCAGAACCCCGUCCUGAGAUCACUCCCGACGGCGAGAAAAUAAUAAAAUUAAUCUGUCAGCAAUGUCCGAAAUGGUUUACGAUUCAACUGAAAUUAGAUGCACACAUCCGAUCGUACCAUCAAGGAUUGAAGGGAUACAGAUGUGAACAUUGCGAGAAAGAGUUCUGCAAAUACCGAUCCUACAAUAGGCAUUUACGAGUUCGACAUGGCACCGACGAAACAGAAAAACAUUACUGUACAUACGAUGGAUGUGAUAGAGAGUAUGGAGCACUAGACUCAUUGAAAAAUCACAUUAAACGAAUUCAUUUGGGGAUAGUACGUGCAACUCGAAAACCCACUUGUGGUCAAUGUGGACAAGUAUUUAAGACUAGAUAUAGCUUAAAGAAGCAUAGCCUGAAGCAUUCGGAAAUAUCACCAUCUGCCUGUAAGGUAGUAAAAACCUAUACUCGAGUGCUUCCGAGUUGCAGCUGAAUCGAUUGGCAUGUACCGAACCCAUCAUCGAAACCAAGUAUGUGUUGGACGCAUUAAGUCCUCAUUUUCAACGUACAUUUUCGAAGUGCGAAACGAUGAAAGACAAUGUGAAGACACUCCUGGCGAGAAGCAGUUUUUAUAUUCUAUGGUCAUCGUUCAUGCAACCUGUUGUCGUGAAGGCACUCUUGAAAGUCCUUGUCGAGAAGUUAAGUUUUGUUUAUAUGCCAAGAAAUUGUAAAACAAAUAAGUGAAACAAGAGUGUUGCAGUUCAAUAAAUUGAAACAUAACGAG